AUGUCGACAUCUGCGUUGGGUGUUUGGGAACAUCAUGGGUUUGUGGAUGGUUUAUUGCCUAAUCAUGCUUAUGCUGAAUUAACUUGGGGUUUCCUAUCAGUGUCCGUAUUUAACUGCGGCGCUUCAUGUGGGGAUGUAUUUGGGGCUGGCAGUGGUGUCGGGGUUUCAAUGUUUGGAACAGGGGAAUUAUCUUGGCUAUUUGCCUUGGUUUGUCAUUACUAUCAUCCACUUUAACAUUGUCUAUGACAGAAUGUGAGGGCUCUUGUCCAAUGUUUAAAUCGCUAGAUUCAAAGGGUACUGCAUUGGGACUUACAGUAACGAUGUUGUUGUUUCCAUAUUGUUAGUACAGUUAUUCAAUUCCUGCUCAUAUACUUGUUCUUCUACUCUAACUUCAGCGAUUUGCUGUUCAAACUCUAGUUCUUCAGCUGCUAUUCUUAGCGAGUUGUUUUCUUUUCAAAAGGGCAGCCUUUACUUCUAAUGCUGCAGAUUUGGCUCUUGUUGCAGCUAGCUUUGCCCUUGCGGAGGUGGAAGAUGCCACAGAUGACUUAGAUUUACGAGAGAUGCUUGAUGUUCCGACUUAUUAAACCUAAUUUCGUAUUGUGGCUUAACCUUAGCAACAAUGAAGUAUUCAAUAAUUUAAUUUCUUUUUAAAAUCAAACGCCUUUCUAUCCUGUGGGGUUGAUUAUACCUGGAGAGUUUUCAGCCCGGGCUGAGCCAAAAUUUCAGUUCAAACCGGGGCAUAUAAUCUCAGCAUGGGCUGAAACGAUCAAGUUUCUCCGCGUCUUCGAAUAAUUUAAAAUGUUAUUUGUGUGUAAUGCCACAUAAAGCCACUUAAAAGUUUUCUCAACCCAGCUAGGUUGAAAUUUAAGUAGUAUAGAUAGCUUCGAAUCGAUUACAUUCAGCUCAGCCAACCGGGUUGAAUUUUCAGUCUACAAUAGGUAGCUUCAACUAACUUGAAGUACGCAAUGUUGUAAAACUGAAGGGAACUACUGUACCUUAAAAUUGUAUAAACCACUGGCACUGACGAAAUAUUUUCUAAUACAGAUUGCCCGGCGCCAGCGCUCUAGUAUGGAAUGUCGGGUUUGUGAAGCCCCAUUUACACGAAUUUUUUUGCCGAAUAUUUGUGCUCGUGUGAACAGUUCCAGUGUUUCUUUGCCUUUUAUACUUUUGGUCACCGGCUUGGUGAGAAUGAGGUACUUUUUUAAAAAUCGAUAUCGGGCAUGUCAUCGCGGAGAAUCGCAACUAAGAAAUAGUUAUCUCUCUUUCUUACAUUCCUGUCUAGCCAUUCUCUGUUUUUGGUAUUUUAGAGUUCCAUAAACUUUCUCGAACCUUUUAAAGCGCUUCAAGAAGCUGAGAAAUGCUGUUGUCUGACCAGGAAAUUGUACGCUUAGCUCUUUGUACGUUGUUAUGCCAUCCUGGCAUUUCAGCUUUUGAUCAAAUGCAUUUGUCACAGUAAAUUUGUCACAAAUUUCUCAUCCACACAGCCAAAAUAGGUUUGACAUAUAAAAUUUGUUAAAGAAAACUUGGUCGUGAAAAUGGGGUUUAUGCUCCUGCGGCCAAAGGCUUGGUACGAGUAUAGCCUUGGAUGAGAGAAGAGAGUGCAUGAUAGUUGGCAGUCACGCGACCUUGGUUACCUGUUUAUUAAUGCUUUCCCAAAACUAUCAAAAUACGUAAGUUAAAAUAUGGUUGAAACACUCAUCAAACCUUUUAUUUUAUUAAUCAGAACUUGAAAUGCCCCAGUAUAACAAUUUGUGAUUGACAACUCUUAUCAAGUCUCAUGCAUCCUCGCCUGAUCCGGAUUAAGAAUGCAUCCGGGUGCUUAAUAGAUGAUCUAAGUCAGUACACGACUACAAAAAUGUUUUCUUUCUACAGGUUCUACCCUCAUUCGCAUUCUUGAUCCUUCGUCUGAUAAUCACGCUGUUUUGUGUCGCCUGUAUCAUAUGGAGUGGUUCUGAUGACAGUAACGGCGAGACGAAAUGGUUCAUCUAUCUUACCAACUGGUCAUUCGCCAUGCUCAAUAUAGCAUUCAUACUGCUCACAGUUCUGUCUAUAUCUAAAGCUUAUCGAGUGCAUCGCAAUAAACCUCCAGCCGACGACUACGGUACGUUUGAGACAUCAGUUGAAGCAGCUCGCAAGCAGGGAACUGAAAUAGAAUUACCAUCCAGAGAGCACAAAGAGAUCAUAAUUCUACCACCAACACCUUGUGAAUGGUACCACCAAGUCACAUGGCUCAUCUAUAAUAUAGCAUUUUGCGCUGCUAUCAUUGUAACAGUUGCGUAUUGGUUAUUUCAGGCAGAAAAUGUGAAAUUCCUUGAUGUUGUUACACAUGCAUUUAACACUGUUUUUGUUCUUAUUGAGCUCAUACUUGGUUGUGUACCAAUACGGUUACUGCACUGCCUAUAUACAGUUAUCUAUUUAACUCUGUAUGUGAUAUUCAGUGUUAUUUAUUGGCAAGCAGAUGGGUUGAAUGCAAGGGGAAAACCGUAUAUUUACAAGAUAUUAGAUUAUGAUGACAAAAACCCUGGUGUAAUCACUGCUCUAAUUCUGGCUUUGGUCGUCGUAGCACCUCCGUUGAUUCAACUGGCUAUGCUUGGACUUUACAAGCUACGGUGUCGUUGGUUUGGACUCCACUAA